CACGAUGCGCGGACCCGCGCGGCCGCUGCUGCUGGCGCUGCUGCUCGUGCUGGGGGCGGCGCGGCCCGGCCCGGGGGUCGCCGAGCCCCGCGCGGCCGCCGACCGACAGACGCUGCUGCGGCUCAUCGUGGAGAUCCUGCAGGAGCUCAAGCGCCACCACUCCGGGGAGCCCAAGCGGCUGCCGCUGCUCGGCGCGCGGGAGCCGGGGGACCCGGCGGGGCCCCCCGAGGAGCAGCGAGUGGAAAUUGUUCCUCGUGAUCUGAGGAUGAAGGACAAGUUUUUAAAGCAUCUUACUGGCCCUCUGUACUUCAGCCCCAAGUGCAGCAAACACUUCCACAGACUCUACCACAACACCCGAGACUGCACCGUCCCAGCAUACUACAAGAGGUGUGCCCGGCUCCUGACCCGGCUGGCUGUCAGCCCCAUGUGCAUGGAGGGAUGAGGCCCUGCCGAGCAGAUGCCGAGGUGGUGGCGGAGUGCAGUCCUUGCCCAUCCCAGCAGCAGCACAGCACGGAGCUGCUCCCGACCUUGACCUUGAAAAGUGCCUUGGAACCCAAAGGGAGGUGCCUGCUGCCUCCACGGACGCACCCCGGAUGAACAAGAGAUUUAUUUUUGCAGACACGCACCUCGAGAUUCCCUGACUGUGGAGUGCUGUUGACAGUUUGUGGAUAAGUUCAGUCAGUGUACUUGACAAAGACACUGUUCUGCACCAUGACCCGGGCAGCGCUCAUCAUGGUCCUCGUGAGGAAAAUCUGAGGAUUUCUUUAGAAACAUAAGCAAAGUCAAACUAUAUUUUCAUAGAGCAUAUGGUAUGGUUUACUAUUUUUAUUACGUUACGAUUAAAUUUCCAUAAUACUAUUUGGAAUUGCAUGAAAAACCAGCCCCUUAGUGGUGUUUAGAGAUGCUGGAGUCUAAGUCUCGGACCGUAGUAGCCAGGCUGAGCUCCCUUCCCUUUGUGUAACAAAUGUAAAAUAGUAUUGGUAACUGUGCAAUAUGUAGAUACUGUAAAUAAACGCUAGAAAAAAACUAAAUGCAGUGUUUGUCAUAAAGAAGUAUUCAGUGGUUUGGAGAGUGCUUGCCUUGUGGCCGACCAGGGCUUGCUCCCCAGCACACUUCAUUCUUUGAGACCUACCAGCAGUGAUCCCCGACCAGAGCCAGGAGUAAACCCUGAGCAUUGCCAGAUGUGGUCCCCUUCAAAACAAUUUAAAAAAAUCUAGAAGAGAAGUCUUCAAAGUCACUCCUAACUUCCUAACAAGUUAUUGUUGGAAUUAAUCAUUUAUACAUCUGAGAAGGAACAGGUCAUCAACACUAUCAGAGGAAUAAAGAAAAUGGGAGGGCAAAGAAUUAUGACUG